AUGGAUGAACUCGCAGCACCGGGAUUGCCGUGGAUUGAUCGGGAGUACUUUACGCGUGUGCUCGAGGCGUAUCUGCACGCGGAUGUGGCUGUGCAGCGGUUCGAACUAGCCGCUGGUUGUCCGGGAGGGCAGAACUUCAUGAGCGCCAUCGUGCGCGCCACGGUACAUUAUACAGUGUCCGAUCAGCCGGAUACACUGUCCCUCAUCGUGAAGACAAAGCUCGCCAACGAACAGCUAGCUGAGGGUGCUGAUCAGCUGAACGUGUUCGGGAUCGAGAAAACCGUGUACGGGCCGGUGUUGAAAGCCGUCCGCGAGCUGCUGACCAGCUUCGGUGAUUGCACACAGUUCGCACCGAGGUUCAUCUACGAGGAUGAGCAUGCGCUGGUGCUGGAGGAUCUCUCCGUCAAGGGCUACCGUCAGCCGGAUCGUAAAGCGCGCCUCGACCGAUCACACAUGCAGUUGAUCGUGCAGAAGCUCGCAAAGUUUCACGCCGCAACGGCGGUGCUAGCGCGUAAGAAUCGUGAGCUGUUUCGACCGCUCACCAGCAGCACCUUUGCCACUGAGGGCAAUCCCAUCCAUCUGUUUUACGCGAACGCCAUCCAGCAUUGCAUUGAGCAGGCGGAGAAGGUGCCAGAGUUGACGCAGUACGUCGGAUUUCUGCGAUCGUUCCUGGAGGCAGCGAUCGAGCGAGAAGCGCUCAGUUACGCGUGCGAUGAAACCACCUUCAACGUGCUCAACCACGGUGACAUGUGGUUGAACAAUUUGCUGUGGAAGUACGCGGCGGACGGCACCGUUGUGGAUGUGAUUAUGGUGGACUACCAGGAGAGCUUCUACGGUUCACCGGGCUUCGAUCUAACCCAUCUUCUCUACUCAUCGGCGAACAAUGCGAUCCAGCAGGCCGGAUUCGACGAGCUAGUGCAGUUGUACACCGGCGAGUUGUUGGAUGCGUUGCGCCAAUUUAAGUAUGACGGUCCACUGCCCGAUCUCGAGCGCGUGCGGGCGGAAAUGGCCGCAAAACGCGAUCACGCGCUCAUCGUCACGACGUGCAUUGUGCCGCCGUUGAUCCUGGAGAACAGUGAGUUGGCCACACCGGAAAAUAUGCUCGGAGACGACGAGGGUGCCGUUCGAGCGAGGCAAGAAAUAUUCAGCAAUCCUCGGUUCAUCGAAAUCCUACUCGUUUUGCUGCCCAAAUUAGCCGCAGCUGAUGGUGUUACCGCAUCCUCCGAGCGUGCCAUCAACCAAACCGGUGACUACUGGAAGAAGGCACAAACGCCAACCGGGAAGGGAUCAGAAUACACAAUGCGCGAAAAAACAAUGUCUGAUUCCAGCUGGAAAACGGUUGAUUUCUUCUACGAUGUGAUCACUCGAGAUCUCCAGCUUGAGAGUGGAGCAUCGAUCAUCGUCUCACGAUUUGAUAUCGGUAAGGCGACUGAAAAAACAGCCGGCUACAUGUCUCUCAUACACCGGGUGUCGAUCGAUGUGGAGUGCACUGGUCGGACGAUGUGUCUGUCUUAUAUCGUGAAGGAAAAAUCAGAUCAAUCGUUCGGAGCCAACCUUGUCGAUAUUUUGGCUGUCUUUCCAAAAGAACAGGAGGUGUACGAGAAGCUGUUACCCGCAUUCGAAAGGUUGUUUAACGACUCAGUACGCUUUGGACCGAAGAUGUUCAAAGCAACCAACUCACCCGCCACUGUGAUUGUGUUGGAGGAUCUCAAUCGUAGCCAGUUUCGUAUGAGGGAGAAAAGCUAUGGGCUUAGAAUGGCAGAUGUGAGAAAUAUCCUGAUCAAACUAGCCAAAUUCCAUGCAGCCUCGGUGCGUUAUCAAGAAAUCAAUGGAUCGUUUCCCAGACUGUUUUCCGAGGGAGUGAUUACGGAAAGAACUAUUGAUGUCCUGCGUGAUCACUAUGAGGGAUUGUAUAGCGUCUUUCUGAAUACUCUGCGUCAACGGAAUUUUCCAAAAGAAAUUCUGGAACCACUGGCUGCGCUUGACGGACGAUUGCUGAAGGAAUGCUGCCGAGCACAACAACUCGACCCAUCCGAACUCAACGUUCUUAACCAUAGUGACCUUUGGCCAAACAAUGUUAUGUUUGCAAAAGACGAUCUUCUGUUUCUUGAUUUUCAAACGGUAUUUUACGGGCCUGUAGCGACGGAUGUGCUGUAUUUUUUAAUUACAUCUGCCGCGGAAUUGAUUUGUGAUUCUCUGGAAGAGUUGUGCCGGUACUAUUACGACAACUUAAUGAAUGCUCUGCAACAGCUACAAUGCCGGCAACCGAUCCCAUCAUAUGACGAUUUACUGAAACAAAUUAAACGGCGCGGUGUGUUGAUGCUACCGCCUUUGUCGGAAGCAGUCGCAGUCGCGAUGAGCGGAGUAACCGAACUGUCGGAUAUGGAAAUGAUAACAUCCGAGCAACCGGAAGGUACUGCCUUGCGGAAGCGUAUAUAUGGCAAUCCGGAGUAUCUUGAUUUGAUCGACCGGCUCUUGCCGGUACUCUUCAAAUUUGGGUUCUUCGAUCAUUUGUCUCUAUAA